AUGAGAGAAGCACCACCAACUCAAUGCACAGAACAUGAUUUUUUCGAAGAUAAUCAUGAUAGUGAGAAACUGAUGAACAACGGUGAUCACAAAGUAUCAAUGACGAAGUCGGAUUGCAACAAGAUUUCCAAUGGACAUCAAUGUAAAUGGCCAUCUCCAUCAGCUUAUUUCUAUUGUAAACAAUGUAAUAAACUUUUAUGCACUGAGUGCAGUGGACAGUUUUUAAUGUCAUCUAGGAGUAAUGCACACGGAAGUCAUCUGAUCUUACCACUUGACACUGUAAUACAUGAAACUAAAAGUGAAAUCAGCGAGCAGAUUGAUCGUGUUAAACGGAAAAAUGCACAUUUUGAAGAUUAUUUAAAUCAUCUUGUACAGUAUGGUCACGAACUCAAUGAAGCAAAAAUGAGCAUCCUUCAACAAAUUCAAGAUAGAUCUGAUCAACUUAAACAAAAAAUUGACCAGAUAGCUCAGAAACUUAUCAGUCAACUUGACAAACAAAUUCAAGAUGAAAUGAAACUGAUUGAUGGAUGUGCAUGGUCUUUAUAUCCAUUAAUUGUUCAAUGUGAAGUAGCCAGUAGAUAUGCUAAUGCACUGAAAGACUAUGGAAGACCAGAAGAGAUACUUCUUUGCUUAUCUCAAGUGACGGAACAACUACAAUUUUUACAACGAGAAAAGAUUGAAUAUCUUAAAGUUCAUAUAAAGCCACACUUUAAAGUUGGUAAUUACAAUUACAAUGAAAAUGAAACAGAAACCACUAACCAAUCAUCAUUCAAUUCAUCUUAUCUAUUUGGAACAAUUGAAUAUGAUAAAUUAGUAGAGGGAUUUAUGAAAAAUGAAGUUGAUGCUAAUAAAAAUAAGACAAAUCAACAUAAUGAAUUGAAAUUGGAAUUGGAUAGUUCAUGCUUAAAUAUUGAUCAUAUAUCAGUUGGUGUAAACACUAGUCCAAGAGAAAUGACUUCACUGUCCAGUUUCAAUCUUGCAGACAGAUUUAAUAAUAUUCAUAGUAACAGAAAUAAUGACUCAAGGGUGUUUAAUUCUGAUAACCAUCUCAAAAUCAAUGACAAUUUUCGUACGCCUAGAAAUGGAUACUUGUCUAAUAAUAUCAAAGAUAAAACUAUGAACAAUGAAUGCGAUUACUUGUCAAAAUAUCAGAUGAUCAAUGAAUUAGAAUUCGAUGCAAGAGUUAGUUCUGAUUUACGAGAUGUUUGGCCUACUGGAUUAUCUGUGAAUCAGUCCAAUGGAGAUAUUUAUCUUGUGGACAGAGAUAAUGCCCGAAUAAAGCUUUUCACACAUGAUGGAACAUUUAUUUCAAGUUUGGGGGAUACAGGUGAAAUGACUGAUCGAUUGAUAAGUCCAUUUGAUAUUGCAGUAUCAUCCACUUGGGGAACAAUAUUUGUAUCUGAUUAUCAACGAGAUGAGGUUCGACUGUUCACUUUGGAUGGACGCACACAAGGUUCACUAACAAAAACAAAACUUAAACAUCCACGUGGUUUAUGUUAUGGUCUUGGAUUACUAGCUGUUGUAGAAAGUCGACGACAUCAAAUCAGUCUUUAUGAUAUACGUAGUGAUCCACAAUCACCUGUUCGUCGAAUACCAGCUGAUAGUACAGGAGAUGAAAAUUCGAAUAAAUUUGUUUUUAACAGUCGAACCUCAUUGACUGAACCGUAUUAUGUAGAAAUUCUUGAUGAAAGUGGAGGAUGUCUGGCAAUUACUGAUUGGGCUGCACCAAGUGUAAAAUUAUUCUCGCUUGCAUCUGGUUGCUUUCUGUCUUCAAUCGGUGGUUAUGGAACUACAAGUGAUAAUAUACUACAACCUUAUGGAAUAUGCUAUGCACCAUGGACUCGAUCAUUUCUGAUCGCAGAUCACGUAAACCAUCGAAUACAAGCAUGCCAGUUAAGGCUUAUCAUGAAUAAUGAAAAUGAUAACGACUGGACAAAUGAUCUAGUUAAGCCUGUAAAACCAUCUGGAGGUUGGAAUGAAACACUGGUCAGUGGUACUUCGAAAAACGCAUCGACUAGUUUAUCUCCAUUGAGACCGAUCGCUGAAAAAGGAUCACAUUCAAUAUGGCAUCCAAUGGCUAUGGCAACAGAUGUACAACGAAAACGUAUAAUUUUAACUGAGGCAUUAGGAAGUGUGAAAGUAAUCAAAUCAGUGGAAAUAAAUCAAUAG